CGGUGUUAGCUUUCGUGCGGUUCGUUUGCCCAGCAUAGCGGAGAAACGGCCCAAUUAGUAUCCCAUCAGUCGAUUUGUGGCAACAAGUGUCCUUCGAGGAUGUGCGUGAGAAGCUCACUGUGCAGUGUGAUUUUAAUUUACUUUGUCGUCUUGCUCCAUCUGGCCACCGUGGUCCUGGCCCAGAACGAAGGCAAUAUAUCGGAGUCGACGGUGGCCACGGGCGAGGAAUGCGGCAGCACACAGAAAAUGGUUGAUGAGUGCUUCAAGGAUCUGCCGCCGCAUCUAAUGGACUUCCUGCAGAACACGAAAAUCGUCAUCAGCAAAAAGGAGAUCACCGCCAAGUGCAACAUAUUCAACCGUGGCAUGAGGUGCUUCGAUACUUACUCGAAGCGUUGCCUGGACGAUCGGAAGCUGGGCACGUUUAAGAAUAAUGUGGAGGGUGCUCGACGAUUUUUCUACAAGUUCUGCGGCGACGCGGACUUCCAGCGGGACUACCUGAGGCACAAGGACUGCUUUGCGUACAUCCAACUGGACUGGGUCACCUGCACGUCCGAGUUCGAGAACAUCCUUAGUGAAGAGGUGCACGAUGAAAGGCGCAACGCCAGCGAAAAGUUCCUCGAAUUCUGCUGUGCCCGCUACGCGUACGAGAACUGCAUCUACAACAGUGCCCGCUACAAGUGCUACAAGAACUCGGCGGAGUUUGCCCGCGAAACGGCCAAAAUGCUGUCCGAUGAGAAGCACUUCAGGAACUGUGCCGUCCUCCAGAACAUCUGCGCCCACGACGCCGCUGCGGCAUUGGCCCAGUGGCACUGGAUGGGUUUCCGCCUGCCGAUGGCGACGCCGAUGAUGCUGCUCCUGACGCGGCUGGCGGUGCGGAGGAUCUGGGCGUAAAUCGAUGUGCGGCCAAUCUGCAUAGUUUACUAGUGCGAUGUGAUGUUGCGGCUGCGGUUGUGGUCCGAGCUUGGGUUUUCUUAGUUUUUAUUGCUCCUAUUUGUUUUUUCUUCUGGGUUUGUAGUUGUCUCAACGAGAAUGCCAAGCAUUUGAGCUCCCUUUAGUCACCCAUCGAUAAGAAAAAACAAGGAACUUCAUCUCUACGUGUCUGUGAAUUUUCCAGUGUCGUUUUUGGGACGAGAUUGCUGGGCG